AUGGAAAACUUUCCAAUUGUUGACAUGGGGAAGCUUAACACAGAAGAGAGAAAAUCAACCAUGGAGUUGAUCAAAGAUGCUUGUGAAAACUGGGGUUUCUUUGAGUGUGUGAAUCAUGGUAUAUCUAUUGAGAUGAUGGAUACUGUUGAGAAGCUGACAAAAGAACACUACAAGAAGUGUAUGGAACAAAGGUUCAAAGAAAUGGUUGCAAGCAAAGGUUUGGAGUGUGUUCAGUCAGAGAUAGAUGAUUUGGAUUGGGAAAGCACUUUCUUUUUGCGCCAUCUUCCUGUUUCUAAUAUCUCAGAGAUCCCAGAUCUUGAUGAUGAUUACAGGAAGGUGAUGAAGGAAUUUGCGGAGAAAUUAGAGAAACUUGCGGAGGAACUUCUUGACUUGUUGUGUGAGAAUCUUGGGCUUGAGAAAGGGUAUUUGAAGAAGGCUUUUUAUGGAUCAAAAGGUCCAAACUUUGGGACAAAAGUUAGUAACUACCCUCCUUGUCCUAAGCCUGAACUCAUCAAGGGACUUAGAGCCCACACAGAUGCUGGUGGAAUCAUUCUUCUCUUUCAAGAUGACAAAGUCAGUGGACUUCAGCUUCUCAAAGAUGACCAGUGGAUUGAUGUCCCUCCAAUGCGUCAUUCUAUUGUCAUCAAUCUUGGUGAUCAACUUGAGGUGAUAACCAAUGGAAAGUACAAGAGUGUGAUGCAUAGAGUGAUAGCACAAACAGAUGGAGCUAGAAUGUCCAUAGCAUCAUUCUACAAUCCAGGGGAUGAUGCUGUGAUUUCACCAGCUUCAACCUUAUUGAAGGAAAAUGAAACAAGUGAAGUUUAUCCAAAAUUUGUGUUUGAUGAUUACAUGAAACUCUACAUGGGACUCAAGUUCCAAGCUAAAGAGCCUAGAUUUGAAGCUAUGAUGAAAGCCAUGUCAAGUGUUGAAGUGGGACCAGUAGUAAGCAUAUGA